CAAGAUGGCGUGCGGGCGGCAGCCGGCGCCGCGGCGUGGCCCUCCUUAGGCGCAAUGGCGGCUCUUUUCCUCGGGACGCUUCUGCUGCUGGCGGCACCCUGCCUCGGGCAGCGGGCCGGGGACCCCGUCUUUCAGCCUUCAUUUAUCCAUAUGUCAGCACCCAGAGCCAAUUCAUUUUUUCUUGGGAAUUCUUCAGGAGUUAAUUUUUCUAUAAUUUUAAGUCCUGUGGAUGAAAAGACAGGAAAAUUGCAUCUGGCAAAUUGCAGUGGAAAUAAAAGAGUUAGUGAUUGGAAUUUGAAUGAAACACGUGGGGUGGACACUUAUGAAGUGACAGUAAGCUUGACUAGAAACCUGCAGUUGUGUUUGCCGAAUGCCACCGACUGCUGCACAGCAGCUCCCUGUGUGGUUGAAACACUUCAGGUUUUAGCUUGCCGUGAUUCAGUGAUAGUGGCACGCCUCUUGAUUCAAGCUGAGAUGUAUGCCAACUCCUCCUUUACAGGAAAUGUGUCAGAAAAUGUAACUAUCAUCCCCAACCAGGCAUUUCAGCCCUUGGGCUCUUGUCCUUGUGACUUGACAGCUGGAGCUUGUGAUGUUCGCUGUUGCUGUGAUACGGAGUGUACACCAGACUUGAAGCAGUUGUUCAAUGAAUCAUGCUUCACUGGAGUGUUUGGUGGGGAUGUAAACCCACCUUUUGAUCAGCUGUGCUCUUCACAUUCAAUGGAAUAUACCCCGGAUUGGUUUCCCUUCCUUUGUGUACAGUCUUCUCUUAAUAACACACCAUUUCUUGGCCUCUUUUAUCAUGGCUCUAUUUCUACACCCAGAUUUCCUUCAUUUAAAAUCCCUUUACAAAUUUCUCCUGGGAGACUAUUCACUGGUUACAGACAAGGAGAUCCAAUUAUGACAGAAGAAGAUGAGUAUUUUGUCAUUCCCCAGCAAUCCAUGGCUGGACAGUGUGUUGGAAAUGCCCCCGUGGCCUAUCUUCAGAAUUUUGAUGUCAAAUGCCUUACCAAUCUAGCUUCUUACAAGGAAGGACUGCCCCAUGAUGUGAGGAUCAACAGUGGCACUGGAGACUUCAUCCAACAAAAUGUUAUCUACAGGACCAUCACCGACAUGGAUAAAUUCAAAACUGAAAGUGAAGCCCUUCAUCCUGCUGAGGUUCCAUGUCAGAAUGUAACUUUUGCAGAGCAUUACACCUUCAUUUGGAAAGACAAGAACAUAGAGCAAGUAAAUGUCACAGUCUUCCUUGGAAGUUUAUGUGAUGGAGAAAUACUGACACAGAGAUUCACAGUCGAAUUUCAAUGUUUAGAGAGUACUACUCCAGCAGAACCCUCUGGGAAUCCAGGUUAUCAAGUUGGAAAGCCAGUGAGAGCUGCAAAUAUGAAUGCUACUGAUACUUUUGGAAGACUAAACAUUUGGCAGCCAGCUGGCAGAGGUUUAUGUACGUCGGCAACUCACACACCAGUUUUAUUUGGAUUAGAUUCACACUCUGGAUGCCUUCUGGAAGUUGAUAUUAAUGAAGACUGCAGUCUUUUAAGAGGAAAUGUAACUGAGAAAUUGGAUUCAUUAAUACAAGCCACUCAUGUUGGAAAAAGGGACAAUUCAAGCUUCAGUGAUCUAAAUGACUGGGUGGAAAUCAUACGUCUUGAUCCACUUAAUUCUGAUACCAAUAUGAGCACUGGAAGCUUAAAAGGGAUUUGUCCAGAUAUUCCUGCAAACCUGAAUAUUCGCAUAAUCUUUGCUAACGUGGGUGCAGUCCAAGGGAUUCCUUGGCAGGAAGUCCUUGCUGUGCAGAUCAGCUACUCCACAGUCAUAUGGCAAUUCCAGUGUGGGCUUAUCUGUGAGAACACCACCAGCUUUCUUCCUAUCACUGCUUCUGUUCAGUUUAUUAAGGUGCCAGCUCAGCCACCCAUUCCACUGACAAGAUUUCAGAUGAAUUAUACAGAAUUCGACUGCAAUCGAAAUGAUGUGUGCUGGCCACAGCUUCUUUAUCCACUGACACGGUUUUACACAGGAGAACCAUAUCCUCAGUGUCUUGCUAAAGGCCUGUCAUUGGCAUUCCUUGUUUUACUUGCAGCAAUUCUGAGUAACCCCUGGUUUUCUAAAUUAUGGAAUAGUUCCUUGGUUUAAAAAUGUUGAUGUGAAGAGAACUGCUUUUGAUAAUAUUUUAAGUACUUUUGGGUAAAAUUCAUGGAUAAAUCUUACUGGAUUUUAUAGAUGUUUUAUAUAAAGAUUAUAAAG